UACAUUUAACGAGAAAAGAUAGAAUGACGUUUCGAAACGUUUGCAGUGAGUCUUUGACCGCACCCAUAGGCUCCACGUCGUGGAGCACGCUAUUUAUGUUAUUGUAAACAAAAAGGCUUUAUACUGUACAUAGGCUCUGAAAAUAUUAUCUUAAUUAUUUUAAUCACUUCAUCAAUUGAAUGUGCAUGAGAAUUUUCUUAAAGCGUAGUAACGUGUUCUUUUUGCACAAAUUCCGUUAUGAUUAUGACGCUCAAACGUAAUCAAGUUUGAACUUCUUCGAAAUUGCUUCGAAAUUUUUUGCUUCAUGAAAAGGCGCCCGAAGAAUCACCGAGCCACAUCAAACUUGAUACGGAAACGAAAAGACGGGAUAGCACAAUAAAAGUAAAAACUAAUUUUGUAGUAUAGACGAUAAACGUUGUGUCGUAAACAGUGUUGAAUUUGUCAUUUUCAAAGAUUUAGACUUGAGAUUUAAAAAAUGGUAGAAGAAAUCCGAGUUAUGUGGUGUGAUACAUUAGAAGAAAUCCUACAAUGUCCUGUAUGCUUAGAUGUACCUCAAGGUUUAAAGUAUCAAUGCAUAAAUGGACACCACAUAUGUGAUCCAUGCAAAACACAACUGAUGAGAUGUCCUAUAUGCAAAUCAGAGUUUAUUUGCACAAGAAACUUGGCAGUAGAACAAAUUGCAGCCAAAUUGUCAGACAUAAAGUUGUCAUUAUUAAAUCCAUAUCAUGCACUAAAUAGAAAACUUUUACAAGGCAAAGUGUGUGUAGCUACUCAAACUGAAGAAGUUUGUAUGUCUUCCACAUCUUCUGCAUGCCAAACUGAUCUUGAUAGUCAAGUCAGACAUAUUAACUUAAAAAGUGAACAACAAAAACCAAUCAAUUUGAAUUUGGCACCUAGAGUAGGAAAAGGACAAUAUCCAUGUCGUAUCGGCUCCUGUACAAAGUAUCUAGUGCAUGGAAGAAUUAUAGGACAUUUGAGAUAUUAUCAUAAAGAUGUAUUUUAUGAGUUUACCACAAAAGACACAGUAUUUAAAAGACAGUGGAGUUUAGAAUAUAUUUCUAAUCGGGAUUAUGAUUUUGCUUUUCAUAUCAAAGAGAUGGGUUUAUUUUUUUUAAAUAUCACUAUAAAUCAGGCAGGUGAUCUAAUGGCAACUAUACAAAUUGUCAAUUGUAAUGAUGUGGGCAAGCAAUUUUUCUAUACGCUUAAUGCUGUUGGAACACUUAAUGCUUGUUAUACUGGUCAGGUAAAAUCCUGCAGAAUGGCAAGGAAUUCUUUUAAACAAGGAGAAUAUCUAUAUAUACGCAAGGAUGCAAUGCGUCAUAUAAUUGAUGGUGAAAACGUCUUUCAUUGCAACCUUAUUAUAAAGCGUAGAAUUGCUUACAAAUCGAUAAGCAUACAAGAUAAUUCAGUGCCCUUAUCUGGAGUUCUUGAAAACAUAGCAAAUUAUAAUAUGUAAUGUGUUAAAAA